AUGAGCGACGACUGGGAUUGGGACAAUGGAGACGACGAGACAUCUUUUCGCACUCCUUGUCUAUUUUGUAAAGAGUUUAAUGACUUAGAUAAAGUGUUGGAACACUUACAAACGGCGCACCAAUUAGGGUUUCAGACGUUAUUUCAAAUCUGCGACGGGAAUCAGUACAACUAUUUCAAGUUGAUCAAUUACAUCCGAAAGCACAAAUUAUCUCCGCAAUCUGUGUUAAGUUUCGAUAAGUCUUUUUUUAAUACCGAGGAGAGUAUGAAGUACAUUAAACCGACUAUCGACAACGAUGGUUUUUUAAUGAUCGAUGCGGAGUGGUGUGACCCCGAAACUGGAAUGGCCAAUGUCGAACAUCCAAUGGAUGAGCUUGAAGAUGACGUUGUGAAAGAAAUGAUGGCAAUCAAAAAGGAGGAUGACAUGCGAAUGGAAGAAGAUGAAAAAAUAGACGACGAGAGCGAUGAUUGA